CCUAAUAUAAGACCUCGGCGAGUGGCAUUUUCAGUUCGUUCCCAGGCUGCAAUUCAGAUAGGAAACAUGAUUAGGGUCGCAGUACUAAUAGCAGUCAUCGGCGUGGCAUCUGCGCAAACGGUGCCAUGUGGUGUACCAACCGUGAAACCGACCCUGUCGACAAAGCGUAUCGUUGGGGGAACAGCAGCGGUCCAGGGCUCUUGGCCUUGGAUGGUCCUCUUUAGUGACGACCAGGGCUACAUCAGUGGUGCAGGUGCCAUUCUAGGACCGAGAACCAUCAUGACUUCAGCUCAAAUGUUCAAGGGUGUAAACUAUAACUUCUUGGCAUCCACUGACCUUUCCAUGUGGACAGUGUACACUGGUUCUCACAACAUCAACACAGUAGCCCCAUUGGAGAGAAACUUCACCAUCAAAUCAGUCUCCAUCCACGAAAACUACGACCCUACGACUCUCGCCAAUGAUAUAUGUCUCAUCUACACCGACCAGGACAUCGUAUACAAUGACCAUACCAGCCCCGUUUGUCUGCCCGGACCAGGUCACAGCUAUAACGCCGGACAAACGUGUUAUUUGGCUGGAUGGGGAGACACCGGAAACGUCAACGACGAAGUGCUUUUCCAAGUAGACCUCCCGAUCAUAGCUGACCACGACUGUCAAACACAUUUCCAAGACUUCAUUGUUGGAACAGAGCUGUGUGCCGGAUAUGAGAACGGCGGAAAGGAUUGGUGUGGGGAUGACAUCGGAAGCCCUCUUGUAUGUCAAGACACCAAUGGUGCUUGGUACGCUCAAGGUAUCGCUUCUUCCGGAGGUGACUGCACAGCAGCUGAUGAGCCUGGGGUAUUCGAGGAUGUCUCAAAAUACAUCAGCUGGAUAAAGACCCAGAUGCAGACUGCUGGAUACCCGUACCAGUACUAGGGUGUAUAUUUGAAGUCUUACAAAUAAAACUGUAUUUUUAAA